CAUUUACCCAUCCACGGCACCCAACCCCCCUAUAUAAAGAGGACCGCCUUUCCUCUCCAUUUACUCUUAGCCCCUCAACCCAAGUCUGCUUAUAGUGUGUUAUUGUGUGCAUUACUGUUGAACACCAGAUUUCUUAUUUUUCUUGAAUAUAUACAGGGAAGAAGAGUUGAAAAUGCUGGUCUCGGUAUUUAUUGCACUAUUCCUACCGUGCGCCGGCAUGACAGCAGUGUUUCUAGUUUACACGUGUUUGCUAUGGUACGCCACGGAUUCCGACAAUGACCAGGGGUUCCAGUCACCGGUAAAGCCCAGCCGUGAGGAGGGCCUUUCCGCCUCUGAUCUUGAAAAGCUUCCGAAAGUCACCGGUAAAGACUUGGUUUUGGGCACCGAUUGCGCGGUGUGUUUGGACGAUAUUGAAAGUGACCACCCGGCUAGAUUGAUUCCCGGUUGCAACCAUGGAUUUCAUCUACAAUGCGCCGAUACUUGGCUGUCUAAGCACCCUGUUUGCCCUGUUUGUCGGGCCAAGCUUGAGCCCGAACUCUUCAAUCCACCUGAGACCAAUCCAUGCUAAUAAAGUAAUAAAUUCAAUUUUUAUUGGUACUUGUAUUUUUUUCAUUUUUACUUUCAAUAUUUGUUUUUUUAUUUGGAUGACCAUUAGAUAUGUAUUAUUUGUAAAUACUAAUUAAUAUUGCAAGUUUGGGCUUUGGCUAAGAUUAAAAAGUUCAUUUGUAAAGAAAAUUACUUA